UGCCUUUACAGUUGUUCCUCUAUCGGGUCAAAACCAGGAGUAUAAUACCUACCUCAAGACAUUGAACAUGACCAACAGUGACAAUCCAUGGUUGGAAUCCUUCAUGGAAAAAUACGGAAGGUGUGUCGUGAACAGUUCCACAGAGUGUCUUUCCUGGACUUUUAAAAAUGUCAGUGAUAUCGAUGUGAGUUCCCAUGAGACCAUUGUCAUGGACAGCGUCCUGACCUUCGCCUACGGCCUCCACGACAUGCAACUGGACAAAUGCCAGUUUCCAAGCCAAGGGUUGUGCGAAAACAUGACCAAUAUGGAUGGAACCGAGAUACGGGACUACCUCCUGCGGACGUCGUUUGAGAGCCCCGUCAAUGGUCGCGUUGAGUUUCUGGACAAUGGGGACAUGGGAGGGCGCUAUGGUAUCAAGAAUCUUCAGUUGGCCGAUGGGGUGUACAAUUUCGUAGAUAUAGGGACGUGGGUUGAUACCGACAGUGGUGAACGAUUGGUGAUAAACCAAGAUAUAACAUGGUAUAUCCAAGGGAAUUACAGUCUCUGGAACGAAGAUACUGGGGUUCCACAAUCAGUGUGCAGUAAACCUUGCGACACUGGACAAAAGAGAACUGUUCUUCCAGAAAAUCCAUGUUGCUGGUCCUGCACGAAUUGCGCACCAAGCGAAAUUGUGAACCACAACGGCACCGUAUGUAGCCCUUGCGUCAUCAUAGAGCAAGACAUCUUUACCUGGCCCAAUGAGGAGAGGACGGUAUGUACAGAGCUUGAACCGGUUAUCAAUAGGGCAUGGACAACUGCUAUUGUCAUCCUAUCGUCUAUUGGACUCAUCAGCACCAUCAUCACUUUCCUCAUUUAUGUCAUGAAUCGGGAGAAACCCUUGAUUAAAGCGUCAAGUCGAGAACUGAGCUACAUCAUCUUCACUGGUCUUUUUCUUGCUUUCUUGACUGCUCUUCUCUUUGGGGUCAAUCCUUCUCCUGGUGUCUGUGCUAUCAGGAGAAUGGGAUCACCCGUGGCGUUAUCCCUCAUCUAUGUUUCCAUAGCAACUAAGACUAUACGGCUUUAUAGAAUAUUCAGAGCAGGUCUGAAGUCUGCAAGAAGACCACGUUACAUCAGCCCAACAUCUCAGGUCACGCUUUCACUCGUCAUAUGUAUCGCGCCUGUGGUGUGGUCUUCUGUUUGGUUUAUCAUCAUUCCGCCUUCAGUCGAGAUUACCAUGCCAGAUAUCAACAUCAACAAGAUUGAACUAACCUGCGCAGAAGACGAUAUUGAAGUCAUCGGCACAUUGACUUGGGAGAUUUGUCUCAUUAUAGUUUGCUGUAUCUUCGCUUUCGUCACACGGAAACUUCCAGAGAACUAUAACGAGUCUCGUUUCAUCACCUUCUGCGUGUUUAGCAGUUUAGUUGUCUUCUCUUCUUUCGCCCCACCAUUCUUCACUACAAAUGAAGCAGUUUACAAAGCUAGUUACUCGGCCCUAGGACUCAUCAUCAAUGCUACAGUCACACUCGUCUGUCUAUUCGUCGUCAAGAUAUACGCGCUGUAUUUUGUGGACGAGCGCGAAUUAAAUAUCUUCACGCAGAGCCGGACUCGUAGUAACACUAGAACCAACUCAAUGGCCAAUGUCCACAGUACAAGUGAGGGCACGGCCCCGCCGGCUAGUCCUACACGCACGGGUCCACAGGAGAACAAGGGGUUUGAAAAUGAUGUGAAGAGCCAGGAUAUAAUCGGUAACUUAAACCAUAGUAGCAAUAAUAAUAAUAACCGAUCCGCUCUGCCCCCUCUCAGAAACAGUAUGAACCUUGAGCAAAAGGUCAGUAAUGACAUUGAAAAGGGGCUCUCAAGGUCGAGGAGCAGCAGCAAAAACUCAAGUGGGGGAGGCGGGAGUCUGAUGCACAGACUACGAGGCAAUGCCACGCGCGUCGGAGAUUCUGAAGUAGCGCACACAGAACAACGGUAUGCCGACACUGGCGGCAAUAAAGGGCAAACUAAAGGCGAUUUAAACUCCGAAGUGGCCAAGGACGAGGUCAAGGGUCAAAAUAGGUCAUCUGGACACAAGUUAGCUCAGAUUAAAGGGAUGUCAGAAGAAAGUACUAGCUCACAAAGUGAUGACCAACGUGUUUUGCUGAAUGUGAAAAGACACAAUAAAGGAAUUGUUUCAUGACAAAUAUGCUGGACUUUGUCUUGUAAAAACAUCGCACCAGAUAUGUUUUGUAUAGUACUAGUCUGCAUGAGCUUCCUAUACGUUUGUUCUACACAGCUGCACUUUAAGAGAGAUUUUGAUGUGUUUAAUGGAUUAUCUGUGUUUCUUUAGAUGCGGAGGUUCUUCCCUGCAUUCAUAAUUAUAAUAUUGGUUCUUUAAAAGCGCAUCACACAUAGCGAUUGCAUAUCCCUACGCGCUAUAUGUGUUUUGUAUACAUAAGUUUGAAAUAUAUUCUAGCUCCCACGUGCGUAAAUGUAACUAAGAAUUAACACCAUUUAUUGUUGAUGUUUAAUUGGUAUAAUAGUGUGAUGUGAUGGUGUAAGAGAUGGUGUAAAAGAAAAAAGCCUAUAAGAUUGUGUUAAGGUACCGUAUAGUAUACCUACAGUUUUGUGAUUAAAAACUUUUGUAGUUCCUUAUUACAUGUAGGUGUUAUUCAUAUAAUUAUAAUGGGUAGUGAUCCCGAGGAGAUGGUAUGCUUAUAAUUAACCCUAGAUUUAACCCUAAGCUGGAACUUAAGAUCACAAUACUGUGGGAAGCUGGUUUCAUAAUACUUUUUUUUAUAAUAAUAAUAAUAAUAGGCCAUCUAUCUAGAAAUAUUCUAUUCCGAGGCGCGAUGUUAUUAUUAUUACCCCGGCUUUAGCUCGAGCUGCCUUUCAGCGCUCAUGAAUUCAAGGAAUUAAUCCUGCCGGGUACGCAUUCAUCUCACCUGGGUUGAGUGCAGCACAAUGUGGAUGAAUUUCUUGCUGAAGGAAAUUACACCAUGGCUGGGAUUCGAACCCACGACCCUCUGUUUCAAAGUCAGAAGACUAAUCCACUGGGCCACAACGCUCCACACUUCAUGGUAAAGAAUAUGUAAGAAUUCAAUAAAAUUUGUUAUAUUUUUUCUCCAAUUAUUCUCAUUUCACGACACAAUACGUUUAGUACAACUUUGUGUCGCAGAAAUAAAAUAAUCUUUGUUUGGUAAACGGUCUUAAAACUGCAUGUAACUCCAUAAAAUGUGAUUUUCUUAAACCCACGUUUGACUAAAACUAUGACCGUCAAAAUAGCACCACCAUCGCCAUUGUUUCUUAAACAGAAGCCUUUAGCAGCCAUCUAAACAACAGAAAUGUAAAAUAUGAAAUUUAAUUCAAUUUAUCUAAUACAUACAAAAGCAAAUACACAAUGACAAACAUACAAAUAAACACAGGUUAUAUAGGGAUUUCUUGAACAAAUUCAAUCGUUGGGGAUUGUCUUAAUGUAAGAGGGGGCUUUCUCCAUUCCACGGAGGAUGUAAGUAAGAAAAAUGUUAUUCACAUUAGAAUGAAAAUUAUGUGUCUUAUGUUAUUUCCCCCAAAAUAUAUAUGUUGAUAUUUCUUAGUUGAUGAAAAACCAUUUCUUUUAAAUUUUCUCUCUCAUUAUGGCAAAGAAAGUGUUCUUAUCACGUCCUUCUUGUACUUUUGUUUUAUGUUCGAACAGAUAAAUUAAUCCAGUGGUCUGUCUAUACACUCAAGCAAGCCAUAAUCACAUUCAUUUUCCUCUCACUCUAAUGAGUAAUGAUGCAAUACAAUACUAUAAAAUACAGGUAUUUAUACAGCACUCGUCACAUUGACUGUAUAAUAGCGCUUUACAAAGAACCAAAUACUCCUAGGAAAAAUAUGAAUGGUAACUACAUACAUUAAUGACAAGU